UUACAAAAGCAAAUUGGGAUUCCUGUGUCUGUUAAGCAAUGAAUCAUGUCCAGCGGUUUUAUUUUGAAACAUGGCGCCUGGUCUUUCUGGACGCUUUCCUGGUUUGUCRCUAGUUGCCUUCUCWGCAUUGGGYUUUAUAGGGUUUUUUACAUUCGUAGGAUUUAUUUAUGAGAGAUAUAAGAAAAUUGAAUACAAAGAUGGUCAAAAGUCGAAGAAAUCUGCGUCACAAGCUAAGCAAAAAGACCCCAAACAGAUGCAUCUMSAAGCKGACGCGAGUGUUGUCCAGGUCAACUCCCAAGGGGAGCUAACAGCGUCACAAAUUAAACACUUGAUCAAUGUUAUUGGAACGGUAGAUGAAGCUACAUUGGAAAAGCUUCUUAUUAGUUUAGCAAAUUGCUGUGCAUUCACGAAAAAUCAGAAUAUCAUUAGAGAAAAUGGUGGACUUUCAAGACUGAUGGAACUUCUUCAACAUAACAAUGAACAAAUUCGCUCUAGGGCAAUUCAAACACUUUCUAAUCUUGCUAUGAAUUUAGAGAAUCAGAAACAAAUAUCAGUUUGUCUGCCAACCUUGCAAGACAUUAUUAAUCCAGCAGGAUUGUCAAAUAAAACUGAAGAUGAAGUUGUUUCUGUGUURCAACUUUUAGUGAACCUGUCUGUUGUAGACACAUGGCAUGUYGAUAUGAAACAAUGUAUUUACUACUGCUUUGAUAUAUUGCACCAGGAGUCCUUGUCAGAUAAACUGAAGGUGAAUACGCUAAGACUUCUGGUGAAUCUUUCAUGCACCAAAGACAAUGUGCAACACUUUCUCAUUGAAAAGAUAAUGGUCCUUGCAAGGUUCAUGGAUCCUACAAUGGAUGAAGGCAUUGUACUAAGAACAGUUGUUAUACAACUGAAUGUUCUUCAAAACAUUGCUAAUGAUCCUGUUUUGAAGGAAAAAGCAAAAGAUUUAGCAGAAGGAGUAGAAGACAAGCUAGAUGUACUGGAGACAUGCAGAAAUGAAGAAAUAGCUACCAAAGCAAAAAAGAUUAAAAAGCUUUUGAAUAAUUUAUAACUUAAUAUAUAUUUUCAUAUAAUUGCCAAUGUGUAUCGUAAUAUAAUAUAAACAAAUAAAUUAAGUCAUUUGCGCAAUGCUAUUUAA